AUGGGUUCUGUUCAGGAAAAGCUAAAAGUUGGAGGCUUGGUUGGUGGGGCACAUAAUCUGCUCGAAGAGAUGAAACUGCUAAAAGAAAUGCAGGAUCAUUCUGGGACAAGGAAGACAAUAAAUUCUGAGCUAUGGCAUGCGUGUGCUGGUCCAUUGGUUACCUUGCCUCAGGUUGGAAGCCUUGUGUAUUAUUUUCCUCAAGGACAUAGUGAACAGGUGGCAGUAUCCACCAAUAGAACAGCAACUUCACAAAUACCCAACUAUCCUAAUCUCCCUGCUCAAUUGUUGUGCCAAGUUCACAAUGUUACACUCCACGCAGAUAAAGAUACAGACGAGAUAUAUGCCCAAAUGAGCCUUCAACCUGUGAACUCUGAAAAAGAUGUCUUUCCCAUACCAGAUUUUGGGCUAAAGCCUAGUAAACAUCCAACUGAGUUCUUCUGUAAAACUUUGACGGCAAGUGAUACAAGCACACAUGGUGGCUUCUCAGUUCCUCGGAGGGCUGCAGAAAAGCUCUUUCCUCAAUUGGACUACUCGAUGCAACCUCCAACUCAAGAGCUUGUUGUACGAGAUUUGCAUGAUAAUACCUGGACUUUUCGUCAUAUAUACCGAGGUCAGCCGAAGCGACAUCUACUCACAACUGGUUGGAGUAUGUUUGUUGGUGCAAAGCGUCUUAGAGCAGGCGAUGCUGUUCUGUUCAUCAGGGAUGAAAAAUCGCAAUUGUUGCUGGGAGUGAGGCGUGUCAACCGUCAGCAAGCGGCUUUACCAUCUUCAGUGCUGUCUGCUGAUAGCAUGCACAUUGGAAUCCUUGCUGCUGCAGCUCAUGCUGCUGCUAAUAGAACCCCGUUUACUAUUUUCUACAAUCCAAGGGCAUGCCCUUCAGAAUUUAUCAUUCCUUUGGCUAAAUAUCGAAAAUCUGUAUACGGUACCCAACUCUCUGUUGGUAUGAGAUUCGGAAUGAUGUUUGAAACUGAAGAAUCAAGUAAACGCAGAUAUAUGGGCACUCUUGUUGGUACAAGUGAUUUAGAUCCACUGAGAUGGCCUAAUUCAAAGUGGCGUAGUCUUCAGGUCGAGUGGGAUGAGCCUGGAUGCGGUGAUAAACAAAAUCGAGUUAGUCCUUGGGAAAUUGAGACUCCUGAAAGUCUCUUUAUAUUUCCAUCUUUAACUGCAAGUUUCAAACGUCCUUUCCACUCUGCGUUCCUAGGAGCACAAACAGAAUGGGAUAAUUUGAUUAAUAGACCUUUCGUUCGAGUUCCUGAAAAUAGAAACGAGGACUUUCAGUGUCCCUCAGUAUCAACCCUGUGGUCAGAGCAAUUAAUGAAGAUGCUUAUGAAACCUAAUGGAGUAAACCAUCCGGGAAAUAUUGCACCUUCUAUGCUAGAAACUACCAUUAAUGAUACUGCCUUGCAAGAAUCUAAGGCACUGCUGCAAUCGGUAAUCAAGCAGAACUCUGAGCUGAUCUCGUCAGGAACGGCAUCACUGCAAAGAGAAACUUAUCCUCAAAGCUUUGUUGGCCAACCAAAUAUCACCAACUUACGCAAUUUUGGAACUAGUUCGGAAUUGGAAAAAAUAGAACCUGUACUUGCUACGAAUCAGCUAAGCCAGUUUGAAUCUCAGGGGCCGAGCAAUGAAGAGAAACUGUCAGCGAAGCCCAUGAAUCCUCAUAAUCUUGUAACUGAUCUAGCAAUCCUGAACCAGGACAGUGGCUCAUUACCUUUGCAAACAAGUCCAUGGAUCAUGCAAUCACGUCUGGACUCACAAAUAUUGCAGAGUCCACAAAGUGAUCCAUCUCAAUUAGAUUCUGCUAAUGUCAACAGCUUGCUUCAAAACCCUGGUAGGAUAGAAUGCAAUUCAUACGUGCCUGUGUGUCAUCCUCCGACUUCAUCUUUUAGCACUCCUCCGACUUCAUCUUUUAGCACUCCGGGAUAUGCAUCCAUUUUGAAGAGAUCAGACCAGCCUACUACGUCGGCAGAAAUUGUUUGUCCUGUACUGCCUUCAACAGGACAAGGAUUGUGGGAUCCUCAGUUUAACAAUCCCAAGUGUGCCUCCCAGGAAAACCUUGUUGAUCCGUCACCCCAUCAUGACUUGUCUAAUCUUCAGUAUGCAUCAAGUUCAUAUGGCUUGAAAGACUUGUCGGAAGAGAGUCAUCCCGAGAGUGAUAUAUAUAGUUGUCUUAAUCUUGACGGUAGUAACAGUGGAAGUACAGUAAUUGAUCCUUCCAUUUCAAACGCAAUAUUGGAGGAUUUCUGCACGUUAAAGAAUGCUGACUUCCAUAAUCCUGCAGAUUAUCUGAUAGGAAACUUCUGUUCGAGCCAAGAUGUUCAAUCUCAGAUUACAUCAGCUAGUCUAGUAGAUUCUCAGACUUUCUCUCUGCAAGAAUAUGCAGACAAUUCAGGCGGGGCAUCCUCAAGCAAUGUGGAUUUCGAUGACACUACUCUUUUGCAGAAUAGCUCAUGGCAGCAAGCAACUCCGCGGUUCCGAACCUAUACAAAGAUUCAAAAAGCUGGAUCAGUCGGAAGGUCGAUUGAUGUCUCAAGUUUCAAGAAUUAUGAUGAACUGCGGUCUGAAAUUGAACGCAUGUUUGGACUUGAAAGGUUGCUCAACGACUCUGGUUCUGGUUGGAAGCUAGUUUAUGUGGAUUUCGAAAAUGAUGUUCUUCUCGUUGGGGAUGAUCCGUGGGAGGAGUUUGUUGGUUGUGUGAGAUGCAUCAGAAUAUUAUCGCCCUCGGAAGUUCAACAGAUGGGUGAAGAGGGAAUGCAGCUUUUAAACUCUGCUGCAGUGCAAGGGGUAAGUGGCGAAGGAGGAUUCAAGCGAGAUGGUCCAAACUGA